UCUUUCCACUAUAUAUCUGACUAUAAAGUGUCAGUUUUCUCUCGACAUCUGAAAUGUCUUAAUUUAAUAUAGGCCCUAUAAUUAAAAUUGAGCCAUACUUACAUAAAGUUACAAAAGUUGGUGUUUCAUCUGGCAUCUAUUGACAACUAUGGCACGUAUAUUUAGCUACUUUACUUUUGUACAAUAUAAAUAAUCCACACAAAAACGAAAACGCACCUUAUCAGCCAUCCAGUUGUUAGACGUCUCAACUAAAUUCAACUAAAUACAACUGAAAUUGUGCACAUUUUAGCAACUUUCCCUACAGAUGAAAACGACAAAUAACUCAUCUUGACCUAAAAAAACAGGAAGUGUUUCUGCUUCCUGACUAAACUCGAUCGAUAUAGUAAAUAAUAUCCGCUGCGCCUUAUGUCUUACAGAGUUUCUAAAUCAAAAAGCCGUUUUCAGACGAUUCCUGGCAGCGCUUAAUCCUCGAGGCAGACGCAGGUGGAGAGGAUGGCCGGCUUCCUAAAGAUGGAAAUGAUGCUGAUCGCGGGUCCCGAUGGCCUGCUGGGUGCUAUGAAGGAUCACAGCGACAGGUGCUUGUGUAAUCCUGCAUGCUUACGGUGCCCCUUGCAGUGCAAGUCAGGUGCCUGAUACAUAAUUAAUGAGCAUGCUAAUGAGCCCACUGGCUGUUUCGCCUAGCGAAGCCGUGAACGAAACCAGAGGAUUUAGACCACGGACGGCCGGUCUGUCAGGGCGGAUCCCACGAGUGCUCUUCUGCUAUAUGUCAGUCUGGACACCCGAACCCAUGUCUUCUUCGGUGUCCCCUCGCUUGUUCUCACGGAAAGAAGUGGACCGGCAUCACACCAAAGACUCCUGUUGGGUCCUUCUAGGGAACCGAGUCUACGAUGUGACGGGAUUCCUCCGAAUGCACCCGGGUGGCGAGGCGCUUAUCCUGCGCCGCUCGGGGAGCGACAUCAGCCAAGAGAUUGAGGGACCUCCGCAUCGGCACUCCGAGAACGCACGGCGCUGGAUGGAGCAAUACUACAUCGGGGAGCUGGACAAGGACAGCGUCCGGGACACGCAGGUAAGGGAGAGGAGGAAGCCCCAGGAGCACACAGAUGGGAUGGAGGAGCAGGAGGAGCUGUCAGCCACCAGCCGCUGCAGCAAAGUCAACUUUGAGACGGACUUGGUAGACUGGCACAAGCCCCUGGCGUGGCAGGUUGGGCAUCUGCGUGAAAAGUAUGACACAUGGGUGCAUCAGCCCGUGGACCGACCCAUCCGGCUUUUCCAGUCUGAAUUUUUGGAGGCCAGCACCAAGACUUCCUGGUACAUGGUCCCAGUUGUGUGGAUGCCCCUGGUGUUAUAUUUGAGCUGGUACUGCUAUACCACCUUAGCACAGGAAAAAACCAGACUGUUCAUCACCACAAAUUACUCAUUCAUGGUGCACAAGUACACCUUCCCUCUGAUCUUCCUAUUUGGUAUGUUCGUGUGGUCCUUCAUUGAGUACUGCAUCCAUCGCUUCGUAUUUCACAUGCGCCCUCCUGCCCACAACUAUUACCUCAUCACCCUGCACUUCCUGUUGCACGGGCAGCAUCACAAGUCCCCAUUCGAUGGCUCCCGCCUGGUGUUCCCCCCCGGGCUGGCCUCGCCUGUCAUCGGCGCCUUCUACCUGCUCAUGCAGGCUCUCUUCCCUCAUGGACUGGGCCUGUCCAUGUUCGUGGGGGGGCUGUGUGGCUACGUGGUGUAUGACAUGAUCCAUUAUUACCUGCACUAUGGCUCCCCCCUGAAGGGCUCCUACAUGUACGGCCUGAAAGUCUACCAUGUCAAGCACCACUUUGAGCACCAGCGAGCAGGUUUUGGAAUCACCACCACUUUCUGGGAUCGCCCCUUCAACACCUUAAUUCCGGACGAGUCCUUUGAAGGCACUCACUGACUGGGGGGCACUGCAAGCACCUCCUCCUGUCACCCGAUCUUGACCCUUGCCCAAUCCCCAGCCCUGCUCUCUAUAUGGCUCCACCCCCAUCCCACCCCCUGGCCCCGCCCCCCAUAGCCCCCCCUCCUCUGUCCCCAGCUGUUUUUCUGCUUCCCUCCCUGAUAUUUCUGUCACCAUGGCCGCCGAUCACAGUGGGGAGAGUUCUGUCAAUUAAACCACCCUUAAGAGGGGCUAAUAUAUAUUUAUUUAUUGAUUCUCUAAAAACGUUCAAAGAACGGACAAAGUGUGGGGGAGCAUAAUUUUUCCGUGUUUCUUUUAGGGUUAGUGUUCAUGUUAAAUUAAUGAGCAUUUACAAAACGUUUUCUUGUUGGUGGUAACAGGAGACAGAGAGAGAGAGCGAGAGAGAAAGAAAGGGAGGGAGAGAGAGCGGAAAGGAGAGGUGGUGAGGGAAAGUUGAUGAGGGAGUGAGUAUGUUGCAGAAUAUGAGAGGUGUAGUACUGAAAUUUGGCCUGGCGGGGGCGCAAGGGUCCUCUCCCGGUCUCUCUUCAGAGCUGACAUAGCUUUGGUGCUGCUAACCACCCCAUCUGUUUGUGAAGACGGCUGCUCUUCGCCAAUCAUUCUUUACCUUCAAUGAGUCGGGGUGGCCCCUGGGAGGGGGAAUGGGUGUGGUUUCGGUACUCUGAUUGUCUGCGUGCUGUGCCUGUGCUUUUGGGUCACCGAGGAUACCCAGUAAAGAACCCAGAGAAGAUGAGGCCGUGGCCGGCAGGACUCUGCUGCAGUGGGGGGGGGCCCGGAACUGAGUGGUUACCAGUGGUGCUGCGGUUUGUGAGCAAGGGCUUCUGGGAGUGGAGACACGCCCCCUUGGGCUAUGACCUCAUCCAUUGAAGAGCCCUGGAUGUAGAAAAGCCCCCCAUCUUCAUCUCAUGGCAGAUAUCUCUGGUGCUCCGUCCCUCCUUAAGGUGUCCUACUCGGUCUUCCUUCCUUAACACAGUUCCCGGCUCUGUUCUUGUUCCUUAAAACUUCCCAGCUAUUGGGGGAGGGGCAGGGUGGGGGGUUGCAAGGAGAGUUGUAAAGAAAAACACUGGAAAUUCAUGGGAAACGCCACUCGUCCAUCUUCUGUUGAAGCUGUCCUCUUAUGAUGGACAGGCUCAACAGGGGAAGCCAGUGACAGAGGGAGGGGGGGGGGGCGCUGGCAAAAGGAGGGCAAUGCAGGGGUGCGGGGGUCUGAAGCUGAUUUGAGAAGAUGCAAGCAAGAAACACCUAAUUAGUAGUCUGACUUACCACUAGUUUGAUUUAAAAAAAAAAAAAGUAAUUUGCAGAUGUUUAUGGGACAUGGCCCACCCCCCAAAUCCCUGGUCCCUCCCCCCCCCCCCCCAUAGCACCUGACCAAACCAAAUGAUGUAGGAGUACAGGAGGGGCUGUUUGUUUGGAUAAAUGAAAUAUAUGUGUAUAUUUAUAAACAAUGUGUUCGCUUUAUUGAGGAAGAAAAAUGCACAGCAUCUAUUUCUUUAAACUAAAUGAUACUUCUAAUAAUUUUCUAAAUCUGUUUACUACAAUACAUUUUUAAACCUUUUUUUAAAUGUCUAUGCAAACACAACGCAAAAUGUAUUUGUAAAUAAACACGUGAAUAUUUCUGAA